UUAUCACUAUCAGUGCAGCAACAACCAGUCACAGCAUCAUGUCGGAAGUGAAAACCUACUCGCUGGCGGAGGUGAAAUCCCACAACACCAACAAAUCGACCUGGAUCGUGAUCCACAACGACAUCUUCGAUGUGACGGAGUUUCUAAACGAGCACCCUGGCGGUGAGGAAGUGCUGCUCGAACAGGCCGGCAAGGAAGCGACGGAAGCGUUUGAGGACGUUGGCCACAGCAGCGAUGCCCGGGAGAUGAUGAAGAAGUUUAAAGUUGGCGAACUGGUCGAAUCCGAACGCAAACAAAUUCCGGUAAAGAAGGAACCGGACUGGAAAUCGGAACAGCAGGACGAUAACCAACUGAAGCAAUGGAUUGUACCGCUUAUCCUCGGUCUGCUCGCCACCAUUCUUUAUCGGUUCUACUUCACCCAGUAAAUAGGGGUGUAAGUUGCACAUUUCCAAGUUAAAUAUAAGGUG